UUAUAUCUAAUUUGAAUUUAUAUGAAGCAAUGCAGUAUCGCGACUUGGGAUAGUCAUAAUAUGAUUUAUAAGCCAAAUAAUUGCUCGAAGAACCCCUAGAUAUCAAAUGAUUCAAAUGGUUAAUGGUUUUAUAGUAAACGAUAAACAAACGGGAAAAACGUGUGAUUAAAAUUUAAGCCCAUAGAACGUUUCAUUACAAUAACAAAAUUACCAAUCGAUAGAUAAUAAUUAACGAAGAUAAAUCACAUUAUGUGAAGCUUAAUUAGAAUUUAAUAAGAUAGUGCAUAUUCGUAGAUGCGCGUUAGAAAAAGAUUUUAACCUUUAAAGAACUUUUUUGUUUUCAAUAUUCUUUUCUUUUUUCUUUUUAAUCUCAUCUAAAGGUCAGAGUUCUUCCCGAGGGAAUUUGCCGUUGUCGUCGUAGUCGUUGUCGUUGUCGUAGUCGUCGUUGUCGUCAUCGUUGACCUCGUCAUUUUCGAUCGACGAAACGAAGAAGAGGAAAAAAAGUACAAAAUGAAAGGAGCAGAAGAACGUUUGAACGAUCCGCUUUUCAAGAACGUGAACGUAAAUCAUGCUUUUAUUACGGAUAAUUUUACGAGAACUCGAGUACCGCUCUCUUGAUCGGUUACGUUUGGUUCUGUUCAGUUCACUCGGCUACCUUAAACUUAUAAUCGUGUUGUUUUCUCUGACCCGCGAGCAAGGAGUGUUUAAACCAACUGCUAAGAUAAUACGGGACCAGAAGUUGGCCAGGCCCAAACCUCUCCUCUCCAACCCAACCCAGUUCGAAGCUCGUGCAAGGUCGUUAACGAAUUAGCGAAACGAGGAAGAAGAGAAUAAUAAUAAUAUGAGAAAAAGAGGUUAAUCGAUGGUGAUAAUCGUGGCUUCCUGCGGGAGAAGAGGUCGACUUGUUGAGGAGGUGCCAGGACUUUACAUUCGGCGCCUGACUCUCGAGGAUCCUCGGAGCUUGAAGGAACGGUCAAGCGGUUCAAGGUCGCGCACGCCACCGCGCCAUAUCUGUCAUCCUGCCGGUCCUUACGUCUCCUCCUCUUCCUUCUUUUCAACUCGUGGAUCUUCAAGUUACAGAUCUUGGCAGGAACGAUUACGAAAAGAAAGACCGGCAUAUUUGACGAUCGUUUCACUCGAAUUACCAGAAUCACCGAUACCGUUAAUCGAGUCUCAAGCUAGCGAACGAAACAAAUCAAACUAUUUGGAUGUUAAUACCCAAGACGACAAGGACGAUAUUCUCGACGAACUUUUAGAAAAAGUUAGCGAGAUCGGUAAGGAGAGAGAUAAGGAAUCCCGUGGGAGAAAGUUAGAUGCAUUUUCUGAUGGUGUGAGAAGAGGAGGAGUAGGAGUAGGAGGAAGAAGAAGAAGUAGGAAGAGCCAGGUAGAUUCAUUGGAAUGCACGAAGGAAGUCGCAACCCUCGAAGAAUGUACCAGGAACAUUCUUCGGAUUUCUCAAGAAGGAGACGACGAGAUGACGUUGACGCAGACAAAAUUCCAAAACGUCGACGAUUGUAUCUGUUCGGAAAUUCCGGAAAAUUUGCGGAUCAACGUUAGAAACAAAACGGAAGUUACCUGUGCAACAUCGAGAAGUCCGAGCCCGGAAGUAACGCAUACGAUAAGAAUAGCGAUGAAGUAUCAUGGAAGAUCAGGAUUGUGCAAGGUUCCUAAUACCGAAGUGGAAAAGAAUGUUAAUAAAAAGGAUAGGAAAUCGCAAGGGAAAAAUUUGAAGGAUAUUCGCGAUAGAACGAGGACGAAUGAUGAAAUUGAAAACAGAGAUUACGUGAUUCGUGAGGAGGGUUGUUGCACCGGUGUGAACGUUGCUUUAGAUUUCACGCUUAAUUGCAACAGCGUGCGUUUGACGUCUCGUGACAUUAGUCUCAAAGCUGAAACGAAUGACGAGCGUUCAUAUUAGUUUCCCAAAAUUAUUCACGCAUUAUUCAUCAGCAAUAAAUUAAAUUGAAAUAUACGAAAGAUCGGCUAAUUUAUACUCUAAUUUUUCGAUAAUACUGAUUGAAAUUGUUUCUUCACAGAUUGUUUAUGAUUAUGAUUAAUCAUAUUUAGAAAGAUGAGAUAUAAACGUGGUUUUGUGUUUAUUUAUUAUAAAGAUGAUAUUUAACACAGUCUCUGUCACGUGCAUAGUUUUCGGUACACAUAAAAAAUUUGAAUUGUCCAUUAAUCCAAAAAUAAAUUAGUUACAAUUUGUGAUUAGUACUGUCAAUGACAAAUUCGUACUACGGGCAAUUUCAAAAUGUGUAUCAAUUAAAAUUCGUACUGUAGACAAUUCACACAUUGUGUUAAAUAACAUUAACUUAA